AUCUUUGUGCCUAUUUAACUACACACAUCACAUAGAUUUGCACAUAUUCAAAGUCUAUAAUCCCUGUUUUCUCAUCACUGGAUUCAUCAAAAAAAUGGAAGGAGAGCUCAACAACUUUGCAGUGGUAUGGAUCACAGUGUUGGCAUCCCUAUGCUAUUGUCACACCAUACCCAAGUUCAUCCCCAAAGGUACCAUCAGAUUUCUAUGUCUCCUCCCAGUCUCAAUCCUCUUCAUAUUUCUUCCUCUCAAUCUAACAACAAUUCAUCUUGGAGCCACAUCUUCAUUUUUCAUAUCUUGGCUAGCAAAUUUCAAGAUCCUCCUCUUUGCCUUUGACAAAGGCCCUCUAUUUUCCAAUCCACCAAUACCACUAUCACUUUUCAUCCCACUAGCUUGUCUCCCAAUCAAAAUCCAUCACUCAGAUAAAAAAUUUAGAGAAACUCACAACCCUUUAAAACAAAAUACAUCAUUUUUGAACUAUGUUGUAAAGAUUUUGCUAUUAGGGUUUUUAAUAAAACUCUAUGACUAUACACAACAUUUCCAUCCAAAUUUUCUCUUGUUACUCUAUUGUUUUCACAUAUAUUUUAGCUUAGAGUUGAUACUAGCUUUGUUUGCUAGCUUAGCUAGAGUACUCAUGCAAGCAGAAUUGGAACCACAAUUUGAUGAGCCUUACCUUGCAACUUCAUUGCAAGAUUUUUGGGGUAAAAGAUGGAAUCUAAUGGUUACUAAUAUCCUAAAACCAACCAUAUUCGAACCGACCCGUCACGUUUUUUCGGGUCUGGUUGGGAGAAAAUGGGCUAUUUUUCCUAGUGUGCUUGCAACAUUUUUUGUGUCCGGGCUCAUGCAUGAGCUGGUUUUUUACACCUAUGGAAGACAAAAGACAAGGUGGGAAGUAACUUAUUUUUUUCUUAUUCAUGGACUGUCUUUGGGCGUCGAAAUCGGAUUAAAGAAGCUGUUGAAUGGCAAGUUCCGGUUGCCGAGGAUGGUGUCCGGGCCUAUGUCCAUAAUGUAUGUUGUGGUUACAAGCUUCUGGCUAUUCUUUCCACCGUUUUUACGAGGAAAUGCAGAUGUAAAAGGUUGUAGAGAGUUUCUUGCUUUUGUUGAGUUUGUUUGGAAUGGGAGACUUGUUGGUCCGAAUGAAAUGUCUUGUCCAUACUUGUAAUGGUUGGUUUCUUGCGAUAAAUCACCAAACCUAUUAGUGCCCGGCAGGUUGGUAGAAACUCGAUGCCCCUCAAUUUAGUAUUUCGUCGAUAUAUAAUUAUUACAACCAUGUUUGAUUUUUUA